AUGCCGCACCGCGCGGCGUCUCCGGCGAUGUCGGAGAAUGAGUUCGACAUCACGAAUGCGCUUUUCCAAAAUGACGGCGAUUCCGAUAACGAGGUGCCCGUCACAAAAUCCAAGCCGCAACGAAAGGCCGCUCCCCAAGAACUCGACUUUCUCGGCGGCAAUGUUGACGACGACGACGAGGACGAUGAGGCCUUUAUUGCGGAGCAGCAGACAUCUGCGAACCGGAAGGCGGCGAACCUCAAGGGACGUACCGUCAAGAAGGGAGGUGGAUUCCAGGCGAUGGGUUUGAACGCGAACCUGUUGAAGGCGAUCACUCGGAAAGGUUUCUCUGUGCCCACCCCGAUUCAGCGCAAGACGAUUCCCGUGAUUAUGGACGACCGUGAUGUGGUUGGCAUGGCACGGACGGGUUCCGGAAAGACUGCAGCCUUCGUCAUCCCCAUGAUCGAGAAGUUGAAGAGCCACAGCAGCAAAUUCGGAGCGCGAGGUCUGAUUUUGUCGCCGUCGAGAGAGCUGGCGUUGCAGACGCUGAAAGUUGUUAAGGAGCUGGGUAAAGGCACAGACUUGAAGUCGGUCCUUCUGGUUGGUGGAGACAGCCUGGAAGAGCAGUUCGGAAUGAUGGCUGGCAACCCGGAUAUCGUGAUUGCGACCCCUGGUCGUUUUCUGCAUUUGAAGGUGGAGAUGAACCUGGAUCUGUCCAGCAUCCGCUACGUUGUCUUCGAUGAAGCCGAUAGACUUUUCGAAAUGGGUUUCGCGGCUCAGUUGACUGAGAUUCUGCACGGUCUCCCUACCACCCGGCAAACGCUUCUUUUCUCGGCCACACUUCCCAAGUCCCUUGUCGAGUUUGCGCGUGCCGGUCUGCAGGAGCCUACCCUCAUCCGUCUGGAUACCGAGAGCAAGAUCUCGCCCGACCUUCAAAAUGCGUUCUUCUCGGUGAAGUCUGCAGACAAAGAAGGGGCCCUACUCUACAUCCUCCAUGAAGUCAUCAAAAUGCCUACGGGCCCUACAGAAGUUGCACAGCGGUUACAGGAAGAAAAAGCCAACUCCAAGGAUUCGAAGAACUCCAAGAAACGAAAGCGAUCGGAAAUGGAUAAAGCAGUCAACAUGAAGGAAUCCCCUACGAAGCACUCCACCAUUGUUUUCGCGGCAACAAAACACCACGUCGAUUAUCUCUACUCCCUCCUUCGUGAAGCUGGAUUCGCUGUGUCCUACGCCUACGGUUCUUUGGAUCAGACUGCACGUAAGAUCCAGGUCAACAACUUUCGCACUGGCCUUAGCAACAUCCUCGUCGUCACCGACGUCGCGGCUCGAGGUAUCGAUAUCCCCAUUCUUGCCAACGUCAUCAAUUAUGACUUCCCCUCUCAACCGAAAAUCUUCGUCCACCGUGUCGGUCGUACGGCUCGAGCCGGUCGGAAGGGAUGGAGUUACAGUCUUGUCCGUGAUGCCGACGCCCCUUAUCUGCUCGAUCUGCAGCUCUUCCUCGGCAGGAGACUCGUCCUUGGUCGCGAGCAUGGAGACCAGGUCGACUACGCGGAAGAUGUAGUCGUCGGAGGCUUCCCUAGGGAUAGUCUGGCGCAGAACUGUGAGUGGGUCACGCGAGUUCUCGAUGACAACCGAGACAUCUUCUCCCAGCGCACCGUCGCAACCAAGGGUGAGAAGCUGUACAUGCGCACCCGCAACGCCGCCUCUCUGGAGAGCGCCAAGCGGUCCAAAUCGGUAGUAGGCUCGGACCACUGGACCACCAUCCACCCGCUUUUCUCAGACGCAGAGACUGAAAUGGAGAUCCAGCGUGAGAAGAUGCUGGCCCGCAUUGGCGGCUACAGACCGCAGGAGACGAUCUUCGAAGUGAACAACCGCCGCAGCGGCAAGCCCGAGAAUGAAGAAGCGCUCCACACCAUCAAGCGCGUUCGCAGCACCCUCGACUCCAAGAAGAAGCGUGCGCAGGCUGAGGAGCAGUCGGAGCUCCUGGAAGACGCAUCCGGCGGCAACGAGGGCGAAGCGAACGGUAACCCGGACGCCAUGUCUGACGACGAUAUCCCCGACGGCGUGCCCGACAAUAUGUCGAUGGCGUCCGAGUCAGAUCUCGAGGUUACAUUCUCUUCCUACUCCCAGUCCAAGAGCGACAAGGCGAAGAAAGACUCCACCGCUGCUUUCCAGAACCCAGAGUAUUUCAUGUCCUACACGCCGAGCAGCACCAACCUGGCCGAGGACCGCGCCUACGGUGUGCACACCGGCACGAACGCCAACUUCACUCAAGCCUCCCGCAGCGUGACCAUGGAUCUACAGCUCGACGAAGGUGCCCGUGGGUUCGCGGAGCCGCGCACCAUGAAGCGCUGGGAUAAGCGACACAAGAAGUACGUGUCGCGGCAGAACGACGAGGACGGAUCGAAGGGAGAGCAUCUUGUGCGCGGCGAGAGCGGUGCCAAGAUCGCUGCCAGUUUCCGCAGCGGCAAGUUCGACGCCUGGAAGAAAUCCAAGCGCCUGGGCCGGCUGCCGCGCGUGGGUGAAGCCGAGGAUACCAGUCUGUCGGCCGGACUCAACUCGGCUAUGGGAGGAAAGCGGUUCCGACACCACAAGGAUCAGGCUCCCAAGCGGGCUGAUCCUCUGCGGGACGACUUUUACAAGAAAAAGAAGAAGAACGAGGCUGCGAAGGAGCGGCAGAUGUCCCGGGCCGGCGGUGCGGCUGCUGGUGGCAAGAGCGAGAUCAAGAACACGGACGAUAUUCGGUUGGCUCGGAAACUCAAGCAGAAGAGAAGGGAGAAGAACGCUCGUCCGUCGAGGAAGAAAUAG